UGCUCUUUCUCGACAAAUUAAUUCUAAAUAAUAAUAACAAUAAUAAUAAUAUAAAUACAAUUGCACCGACCAGAGUGUAGCCGACUAUUAUCUCGGUACACAGUGUUCUCGAGCCCAUCUUCAGUGCUCCGGUGGACGCUGACUAUGGCAAUGGAUGAACCAGCGCCAUGUCUUAGAAUGCUGUCUGGCACCUCUCAUGGUGCUUUCUUGUCGCCAUACAAUACCUUGAUGUCUGAAACUGCCUCAGUACGCUUCCGCUUGGGCCUCAGACCCAGUUCGGCCAUCUGACUCCAGAUCCUGUCAUAUCUCCUUUGCCACCGCUUUUGCCGUUCUUCCAUUUCCUCUCCUGAAGCCCGCCAUUUGCUCUUCAAGAUCCGUCGGAUAGCUUCGGGGGACACUUUAAAUUCUUCCGCGAGAACAGGGGUUGUGAAUUUGUCAGGGGCCGUCGCAUGCAGGUGCCGAAUUCCUUCAAUCGCGUCCGGAGAGAGUUUCUUUGGCGGGUUCCAGCCUUCCUUGAACUUCUCUUUCAGAGCUGCCUUCUGAAUUUGCCAUCCCUCUGGCUUCUUUUCUUUUUGCUUAGGCCUGGUGACCUUCCUGUCCUUGUCUUUCUGCGAACUCUUCUUAGCUGCAGUUGACUUUCCACUGGAGUGAUUUUGAUCAUUGCUUCCUCCCAGCUUCAAGUCCCCCUUCGCAGGGCUCGGGGCCUCGGAAACGGUGUCAUGAUUGCUCCCAGUAGUUGUAUCCGUUGUAUCCCUUGGUGUGCUAUGCUGGUUUCCAGCAUUCGAGGUUGCAUCAGCAGUAGUUGUUAAGCCCUGAGAUCCAGACUCGACUUUUUUGCUGUGCGAGUUUUGGAGACGAGAAAAGGAAUUAAAACAUCGCCUGGUUCUUAACGAACGAGAGAGGGAAGAUGGUCCACGGUAGAAGAGGCGACUGGGAUAUUCAUUGAGGGAGGCGAGCUCAGCACGGAAAACGCUGUGCAGAACGGCGCCAAGCGAUAGCCUGGACGAUGCAGCGCAAAACUGUGACAUUUCGGAAGAAGGUUCGCGCAGGAAGAUGCGUCUGUUGAAGCUUUUGAAGGCGCAGGAAAAGGAAAAUCUCCAGCCGCUGGGUCACGUGGUGCUACAUCGAGUUAAAUAUUUACGCUGAUAGCGAUCCUUGAUGCUACACAUUAUUAUUACUACUGCUACUAUUAUCAGAACUGGAUUCUUAGUCCAACAAUGAUAGAAGAGAAGAACUCAGCAUCCUUCCCGUAAGCAGGUACGAGAAGCAUGUCGUGUUGGCUGAUUCUCGAGGUUGGACCGUUGAAAUUUACCGGCCACGAACCCCAACGCUGCUGCGACCUGCAGCCUCGAAAAGAAUCGUGAUACAGAAACUGUUGGGCGCCUACAUUGUAGAAACCGUCCAGAGUCGAACAUCGGGGGCGGGUUCGAGAGGAGUUCGUGAAUUUAUACCGGCUCCACGCAGAUCACGGGCCACUCGCUGAUCUCAUCUCUUUCUCUUGUUUUAUCACGGAAAUAAUCGUCGUGCUGGAUCUUGAGACUCUCAGUUGUCCUAUUCAGUCCCUUCGUUUCUUCUUUCUUUCCUCCUUCUUGUCCUCCUCAGUCGCUCUUUUGUCGCUCUUCUCCUUCUCCAGCGGACGUGCACUUUCCUUUGCUUCCUGUCGUCCUUGCUUCUUGAGAGCUUAUCAGAACAGAAGACCCUGUCCCAAUAUUGAGCAGCUGCCUCCCCCCAGCACGACCGAACCGGACGUCAACUUCUUCCCUGAAUCCUUUCUUCCGAUGCUCAAAAAGUGUCAAGUCGAAUACUCCCGAAAUCACAAUCCCCAUAACGAGUUCCGUUCCCUUCUGUCGGUGCGGCUGCAAUACUGCGAUGAAAAGGAGCCUGAUAUUCCCCAGGGACACUGAACCGCCUUAGUUGAUCUCUGUCCCUCGAGGUUAUGGCAUAUAACCCUCCUUUCACCAUUAAAAGCAAAGCUGCAACCGCCGGUUCGCCCAUGAGAACUACCCCCUCCAAUUCACCUGCCCUGAGGCCUCCGGCUCGAUCUCCCCAGAAGCCAACCUAUCAAUCGAACCUGUCUCUUCAGACAGUCAUUGGGACGACAAUAACAACACCAAAUGGCUUGUCUGUGCACGAACAAUCAAACUCUUUUGCCCUGUGUGCUGGAUCCACCGCCGUCUUAGCCGAGCUGGACGAUGAGAAUAACAUCAGCCAAAGGUUCUUCCGGGCGCGUCCUUCGGCAACCAGCAUCAACCCCGUUGCUUCGUUCUAUAACCAGAAUUCUACCCCAGCUACGCCUGAACCAAAGUCACGAUCUCUGUCCGUUGUAAAAGCCAAUGCGAAUGGGGUUGGCGGUAGCAGCUACAAUAGCUCACCAACAACCGACUGGGCAGAUGCCGUCAAUACGCGGCCCUGGUCAUCCAGGGAAAGGGUUAAAGCUGUCACUUGUGUCUCAGUUAGCCCGAAUGGUAGACUGCUGGCUUUUGGGGAGACCGGUUAUAAUCCCAGGGUAUUGAUCUUUUCUACUACGAAAGGCUCGUCGCCCGAUGUUCCUCUGACGAUUUUGAAUGAACACACCUUUGGUGUUCGCAGCCUCGCCUUUAGCACUGAUUCGCAAUAUCUGGCCACGCUUGGAGAUGUCAAUGACGGGUUUCUUUUUGUGUGGGCUGUGAGUCUUAGCAACGGGUCCGCCAGGCUUCAUUCAGCGAAUAAAUGCACAUCCUUCGUCAAGAGCAUAUGUUGGAUGGGGCAGACUUUAAUUACGGCUGGCGUGCGGCAUGUUAAAGUUUGGAGACUUCCCGAUGUGCGACCCGCGUCCCCGUCCAAAACUCCUUCGAAUGUGGACCCGAAUUCCAGUCCCGCGAACUCGGCACCAAAGGCACUAUCUGGGAGAAACUGCAUUCUAGGAGGGUUAGGCAGUCAGAUCUUCACCUGUGUAGCCAGCAUAUCGGACCAUGAGGCUGUUUUAGGCACUGAUGCAGGUGCCGUAUGCUAUCUUGAUGGCAGUGAUGGGUCUCCAAAACUGUCAUUGGUCAAAAUUGUCGAGUUUGGUAUCGCGUCUUUAGCGGUCGAUUCAGACGGGGAAUCUGUAUGGCUUGGAGGCCGUGGUGUCCGGAUACAACGGCUCACUUUUGAAGAUUUGCGGAAUUUGACAGUCUCUGCACCUUCGUCUCCGGUAUCAACACAAAGGACUCCGGCGGAGCAUCACACCAAAGGACCCGCUGUUACAUCCAUGGGAUUCCUCUCGUCACAUCUGGUCACACUCGAUUCCAGACGGGCCAUUCACAUUUACGCCACUGAAAGUUUGGAUGAGGAUGGCCAACAGGACCAUUCAGAGGCACUGCUACCUGCCCACAGGGACGCCGUUCUUGGUAUUGGUCCCCUCAAGGUACCAAACGACCGAGGAGCCGAGUUUUACACUUGGUCGUGUGAGGGCACUGUAAAUUUCUGGGACACAGGCGGAAGAUGCCAUGAUUCGCAAAAGAUCGAUCUGGAACAGCUCUCGCGCGCUGAUGAGGACAUCACAAAUGAGCUGAAAAUAGUUCGCACCACCGACAGUAUGGACUUCUUUAUUUCGGGUGACAAAUUUGGUGUUUUGAGGGUGUUAUCAGGACAGCCUUGGGAAAACAUUCAAGAAGUUCGAGCUCAUGGGGGUGAGAUUACGGAUAUUGCUAUACACGAGUUGAGCCAAGGCUGCUUUCUCGUCGCUAGCUGUGGCCGUGACCGUAUGGUGCAGCUGUUCAGGAAGGACGAAGUAGGGUUCGAGUUGAUCCAAACUAUGGAAGAUCACGUCGGUGCUGUGGGACAGCUUCUUUUCCUCAACAAUGGAGAAAAGCUGUUGUCUUGUUCUGCCGACCGCACAAUCCUUGUAAGAGAUCGUGUGAUCCGGGAAGUUGAUGGAAUGGAAGUCCUUGCCUACAUUAUCUCCAAGGUCAUUACGUUGAAGUCGUCUCCGGUAUCGAUGACCGUGAUGCCCGAUGAUCCAGAUACCCUGGUGUUCUCUACCAUCGACCGCUGUAUACAGCUGUACAGUUUAGAAACAGGGCGGCAUAUUCGCUCAUUCCGAUCAUCUGACCAGGAAGCAAGCGAUGCCGUUGUCAUGAACUCUUUGACGGUAUCCACUGGAAUCCCUGGACAGAGUCCCAAGCUGCUUGUUGGAGUCUCCAGCACGGAUAAAUCGAUACGGGUGUACGAUUUGGAGCGGGAAACGCUUCUCACGGGAGAAUUCGGUCAUACUGAAGGAGUGAGCGCUUUGUACUUUCUGGAAAGUCGACCGGCAACCCCGGAGAGUCCUGGAAAACGACUAUUGAUUAGUGCUGGUAUUGAUGGAAUCGUCAUCAUAUGGAAACUCUCCGUGCAACUCCAGCUGCAGUCUGUUCAGGAACCUUUUCAGGAUAACCCACGAGAAGACGACGACACCCCCUCAAAAGGAUCGAUAGCCGCCAAAGCCCCCCUACGUCGGAUCUUGUCCAGAUCCGAGCUUGCUAGUUUUCAGCAAACGACAUCGUCACCCACAUUUAUACGUGAGCCAUCUCUUGUAAUACGUCGGAAAAUGUCAAAGCAGUCUCUGGUGUCCUCUUCAUUGAGAACAGGUAAUGGAACCUCGAUCACGCCCCCUCCUCCCAUACCUGCUCCUUGUCGCUCCUCAACUUCCACUUCAAUAGACAGGGAUGGCAGAUCGCCCUCUCCUCUCAGUCCGAAGACAAGAUCGACGAGAAGACUCCACUCUGAAAAUCAUUAUCGCUCUCGCAAUUCAUCGGUGGACGUUCGAAGUCGCAUCAGGAACUCCGGAAAGAACGACCCGGGGAGUUUGACUUCUUCCACCGAACAGAUAUGCCGUACGUUAAGAACUUACAGAAAGAAACUCAGUAUCUCUACUGAAAGGAUCGACUGCGCAAAGGAGCUGGAGCGUGAAUUGAAUCUUACCCUGCGAACCCUAACCUCCCGUGUUAAAAAUACGGAAGAAGCUUCUGAGACAACCGAAACUGAUAGCAGCGGCAAGGAAAACGGGAGGCUAUUAAUUCCCCCGCCUGUUCCUAGCAGCGAGAACAAGAGGCCGCGCACUCCCCGGCGAGCCCCGUCGACUCCAAACUUGAGCAGAAUGGGGUCGAGAAAUUUUUCGAGGUCACGGUCUGUUGGAAGAGAGGGCAGCGUUUAGACUGCCUGGCCGGUUCACUUAAAAUCCUUUGGAACACUGUUCCCUUUUCACUCUCUAUCUCCUUUACUUCCCCUAUUCCAAACUUCUCCCUCGUUAGAAUAGUUCUGUUAUCUGGGCAUUUCCAUGAUGUCAAUUACUCCAUCCCCUAGGGUUCCUCCUCAUGUUGUACAUUAUACUUAAAAUUCUCGGUUCCUUCUUUUGGUUGCCUUUGAACCAUGCAUGCUUGACGCUGCAUGUUAUCUUUUCUUCUCUGACUACCCCCAGGCUACCUCAUACACUAUAUCAUAUCCCUGUGUUCAUUAGGGGAAGAGACUCGGAGAUUUGCAAGGUUGCCAACGGUAUCUUUCUCCGUUUCUGAAUGGUCUUUUCUUUGGUUUAUGCUCUUCUUCCUCUGUAUUACCGAGCGUUUCCCUUAUAAAAGGAUGGAUAUUGCAUACUUCGUUGGUGUUGGCGGAGUCUCAAGCGUUUGCAAUGUCUGCAUUUUCACCUUUACCGGGUUUCUUUCUUAUUAUACCCUUUCUUCCAUGCUUAUUCCAUUUGUCCCAUCUCUAUGGCAUUCUUAAAUGGCAUUUUAAGCAGCUAAUAUUUUCAAAUGAUACCCGAUUUGUAUGGUUUUUCGGAGCCUACUGGUGGAAAGAUAGCAUCUAGUAGUAUUCUAAUUGAAAUUGCAUCGUUUCGUAGGGGAUUCAAG